GCUUUGAUUCUUCACUGCUGUGAGUUCUGCUUUUGAUGGAACAUGCCUCCUCUUUGAAUGAAGGGAAUUGAAGAGUUUCGGUUGACUACCGAUUCUUGUCUCUGUUUUCUCGGAUUCCUCUGUUUCUUGUGGAUUCUUGGUGUACCCACACGGAAAACUGAAAUAUCAUGGAGUGGUUAACACAUAUAUUUGAAGGUCCUAGCCACGCAGGACAAUAUCAUGGAUAUAAUGAGGAUGAUAGAUAUUGGAACCACCAGCAUGCUUCCGUGGAUGAGUUAACAGAUCAUGAGAGAGAAGAAAUAGAUUGUGCAAUUGCCCUUUCCCUUUCGGAAGAAGAUUGGAAAGGGAAAAAUGUUAUUGGUAUGUCACCGAGCUAUCAUGAAAAAGAUAGAGAACAAACUUCUAAAGCUCAAUUGGAGGAAGCUGAAAAGCGUGCAAAAGCUCAAUUGGAGGAAGAUAGAAAGCAUGCUCAGUUGGAGCAAGAUGAACUACUUGCCAAAGCUCUUCAAGAAAGUUUGAAUGUAGAAUCUCCUACAAGACAUGGUGGAAACCCAUUUCAACCUUACCCCAUUUCCCCUUUUUCUGGCUUGAGAAUUUGCGCAGGUUGCAACGGUAGGAUUGGUUUGGAGCGAUUCCUGAGUUGCAUGGGUGCUGUUUGGCAUCCAGAAUGCUUUUGCUGUCAUGCAUGUGGUCUUCCAAUUACCAAUCCUGAGUUUUCACUCUCAGGAAAACGCCCUUAUCACAAAUCAUGCUACAAGGAGCAUCAUCAUCCUAGAUGUGAUGUAUGCAAGAAUCAUAUCCCGAGAAACAGAGCAGGUCGCAUUGAGUAUAGGGCGCAUCCUUUCUGGAUGCAAAAGUAUUGCCCAUCCCACGAGCGAGAUGGGACUUCGAGAUGUUGUAGCUGUGAAAGAUUGGAGCCAAGAGACAAAGAAUACUUGUCAUUGGAUGAUGGCCGACGGCUGUGUCUGGAGUGUCUAGACUCUGCAAUUAUGGAUACACAUGAAUGUCAACCUCUUUAUCUUGCUAUACGAGAAUUCUACGAAGGUCUGAACAUGAAAGUGGACCAGCAGAUUCCUUUGCUCUUAGUGGAGAGACAGGCGCUCAAUGAAGCAAUGGAAGGUGAAAAAAAUGAUCAUCAUCACAUGCCUGAGACUAGAGGACUUUGCUUGUCAGAAGAACAGUGUGUUACAACUGUUAUGCGGAGGCCGAGAAUCGGAGCAGGCUUCCAAUUGAUGAUGAUAACUGAACCUUACAAGCUAGUCCGUUCGUGUGAAGUGACAGCAAUCCUCAUUUUGUUUGGUCUCCCUAGAUUGUUGACAGGGUCAAUUCUUGCUCAUGAGAUGAUGCACGCAUGGCUUCGACUCAAAGGGUUCCCUAACCUAAGUCCGGAGGUUGAAGAAGGCAUUUGUCAAGUAUUGGCUCGUAUGUGGUUGGAUUCCGAGAUGUAUUCCGGCUCUGCGAAUGAUGUCGCAUCGUCUUCGUCAUCGUCUCCAUCUUCUUCAUCAAAGAAGGGCAAACGGCCAGACUUUGAGAAGCAACUUGGUGAGUUCUUUAAGAAUCAAAUAGAGUCUGAUACUUCAAUGGCCUAUGGAGAAGGAUUCAGGUUAGCAAAUAAGUCAGUGGAAAAGUAUGGUCUUAAGAGAACACUCGAUCACAUCCAAAUGAGAGGGAGCUUUCCGCUCUGAUCACAUCUGUGGACACACUAAUGUUCAAUGUCAAUUCACCUUAAAUUAUAUGACAGGACCAAAAAACCACGUGUAAGUUGCUAUAGACAUGAGCAAUAAACUUUUGCUUGUUAUUUAUCUACCAGCUGUUGUAAUCAGCAAUAUGCUAAAACCAUGAUACUAUACGCGAUAUGGAUAUGAAUUGAAUCAA